AUGUCUUCGGAGGAGAUAGGCGAUACGACCCGCCUCCUGCCAGACUCCAGCGAAUCCGGCACCUCUCAGAGAAGCCGGUGGUUGUUUGCACGAUUGAGCGCAGCCUUACUCUGGGGCGGCUUUGUCACGGCCACAGAUGAAUCAUUUGCUCUCGCGCAAAAUGGACAGAUAGCGUCUCAGUUCUCUCAGUUUCGCAAUUCCAGCCUCUUGAUCAUCGUCUAUGCCAUCGUAAACACUGUCAGCAAUCCUCUAUCAGGAAAGCUAGGCAAACUAGCUCAGAAGCAGGCCAAGUCACAAGUUGUCAUCGCUAGCGCUCUUCUUUUCGGAUUUGGCAAUGUUUUAUGCUCAAUUUCUGGCAGAUGGCCUCUCAUCCUGGCCUCCAGAGGAAUUGUCGGCCUCGGAGGUGCAGGCCUGGGAUUGAUGGCCACAAUUCUUUGGAGCGAUACCCAAAGCCUCGCUGAUCUCGCAAUAUGGCACAGCUAUUCAGUCGUAGCUGAGACACUAGGAUGGGUUGCUGGUGGUCCGACUGAUCGUGCGGUUGUGAUCAGCAUGUUCCAGGUCUUUGAGGCAUUUGGGGGAGUUCUUGCCAUCACGAUCACGUCGGCUUCCUUGCGCUUGCUUACCAUGGCCGAACUUCGGCAACGUGUCGGGACGGACCCGGCGUCUGAAAAGAUGUUCAAACACUUCUUGGAGGAUGUGGACUAUCUGGGCUCUCUUCCCAGCGACGUGCGAGAGGCUAUGCAAGCUGCGUACGGUGUUGCAGCGAGAAAAUGUUGCCUCAUCGCUUUGACCUCGUGCAUUGCUGCUGUCCUAACUGCAGCUAUUUUGCCACGCAUGCAACUGGAUCCAGAGAACCUGCGGUCUGGCGGUGACCUCCAAGCGGAGGUUGCAUCAGACUCAGAGACAGAUCACAUCGACACAUAG